UGACUACGAAGAAUUAUUAUUUUUAUACGGGAUGGCCGGAGUAGGAGGGACUACCUUAGAUCUCGGCAACUUUGCAGCAGUUGUUGAUUGUAGUUGGCUGUGACAAGUUUCAAAUCAGUGAUAGACGACGCAUCGAGGCGGCGACGACGCUCCAUUAUGCCCUCCUUGAGCUGGCUUUGCCCCCUUUUGGGGCUCACCCUCAUCGCCCCCUCCUUCGCCCAAUUCGGCGACUACUCUGAUCUCCGAGGCCCUUACUGCCAACGCCGGGGCUGCUGUCCCGGCCGCCAAGACGAUUGUUCCGAACCGAUUUUAGGAAAUAACGAAGUCAUUUCCGAAGGUACUUUGUGCUACUGUGACGACUUCUGCAACCGGACACGAAACGAAGACUGUUGUCCGGAUUUCUGGACACAUUGUAAGGGGCUUCCGCCCCCCACUGACCCCCCAGCGCCCCUCCUUGGUUGUACGUACGAAGGGAGAGUCUACCCGGUUAAUAAACAGAUCAAGAAGAACUGUAACGUCUGUAAGUGUGAAAAAAUGGGGCAAAGGGCUGAGAUGCUGUGCGAACAGCACCCGUGUCUUAUCGAACCGUCGAUCACAGAGGCGAUUAACUCGAAUUAUGCGAAUUAUGGAUGGAGUGCUUCGAAUUAUUCGAAAUUCUGGGGGCACAAGCUGGAGGAAGGGAUUAAAUUGAGGUUGGGGACUCUACAGCCCCAGCGUUUUGUCAUGCAUAUGAAUCCUGUGAGGAGGAUUUAUGACCCACAUUCUCUACCAAGAGAGUUUGAUUCGGAGUUCAAGUGGCCAGGAUGGAUGUCCGAAAUACAGGACCAAGGAUGGUGUGGCUCCUCCUGGGCUAUCACCACGGCGGCGGUGGCCUCCGACCGGUUUGCAAUCUUGUCCAAAGGCCGCGAAAAGGUCACUUUAAGUGCCCAACACCUCCUCUCGUGUGACCGAAGAGGUCAACAGAGCUGUAACGGCGGCUACCUCGACCGGGCGUGGUCCUACAUCCGCAAAAUCGGAUUGGUCGAUGAGCAGUGUUUCCCCUACAGCGCGACCAAUGAAAAGUGCAGAAUUCCAAGACGGGGCGAUUUGGUCACAGCCAACUGUCAACUUCCUGUCAACGUUGACCGACGCUCGAAAUACAAGGUGGCCCCCGCCUACCGAGUGGGCAACGAAACCGACAUCAUGUACGAAAUCCUGCACUCCGGCCCUGUGCAAGCAACGAUGAAAGUGUACCACGACUUUUUCACCUACAAGCGGGGGAUUUACCGGCACUCCCCCAUCGCGACCAAUGACAGGACUGGGUACCACUCGGUGCGGAUAGUGGGCUGGGGCGAGGAGUACGCCCCUGAAGGGCUCAAAAAAUACUGGAAAGUGGCGAAUAGUUGGGGGCCUGAAUGGGGCGAAAACGGCCAUUUUCGUAUCGUUCGAGGGUCGAAUGAGUGCGAAAUCGAGUCUUUCGUUCUAGGAACUUGGGCCGAAGUCGAGAACAAGUUGCUUUUGCGCAACGAAAUUUAAUUAAGUGCCAUUGUGUUCGAAAAAAUUGCCAUUUUACUCCGUAACUGCCAUGUUAUGUGUUCUGACAAAUUCGCACCGGUUUUUAUUUAUUAGGUGGCGACGAGUGCGACAACUCAAUUAAAUUUUAUGGCUUAAUAAUGGCUCGUUGUCACUUCGAAUUCACUUUUAUUAUGUUAUUACGUGUGAAUAUUAAUGAUUUAUGGAUGUUUACUGAUGUCAAUGAAUUCGCUGUUAAAUCAUCGUAUAUUUUUAUAUGUUUCAAAACAUGAAUAAAAUUUUAACUAAU